UCGGCAAGCUCACAAUGCUGACGUUUAUUUGUUGAUCAAUAAAUGCAAAUCAAGAACGAUGUUGUAAAUGAAUUUUGAAUUUGAAAAGGAAGUCGGCUAAAUUCAAGUGUAAAAUAAAAAUAAUAUCCCUAAACAGUGCUAAUAAUGCUAGAAAAAUAUGAUUUCUUGCGAGUAGUGAUGUGAGAUCAAGAGCGAGAACUAAGAAAUGAUGAAGUUUUCGUUCCAACAUCGAGCAUUUUACUGCUAUCUUGGCAUGAGUGUAUGGAUUUGUUUCCUUAUAACUGUUGUAUACAAGUACAUGUCAGUAGAGGAAGAUACAGUAGCACUAAAGGUAACUCAGCACGAAUAUGUCUCUAAAACUGACUCCAAGUAUAGAAAGCUGUUCCUACGAGCAUGCAACCCUCCUGACAGCAUUGUCCGAGGAUCAGAAGCUGCUGUGGAUUCCGACACUUGGCUGUUGCAAGGAGUGUUAGUGGUGACAAGGCAUGGCGAUCGCGGCCCUUUGACUCAUCUUAGAGGAGGCGAUAAGCUCCCUUGCGACUCUGUGCCUGUCUCGCCUAUGCUCAAAAGUUAUGAAGAGUUUGUGCUAAAUGCGAGCGCAUCCGGGCGCGCGUGGUGGGUGGCGGCCCCGGGGCCAUUCCACAACUUCCCUUCUUUGCCCCGCGCCGCUGCCACUCACUGUGCUUUGGGGCAACUCACACCGACUGGCGUAUUACAGAUGGUCACUGUUGGAAACAUCAUUCGGGAAGCCUAUGGUGAUAAAUUGGGGAUGGAAAAUAUGGACCUAACUGGAAAGCGGGAAAUGGGAGGUGUAGCGUACAGCACUCGCUACAGGCGGACUUUCCAGUCGGCACAAGCGCUGGCCUGGGGCAGCACGCGCUCGGCCGCCGCCGCCAAGGAAGCGCACAGCGUGUCCUUCUGCUUCAGACACUGCGCCUGCCAAGCGCAACACGCUCUAGCCAAAAAAAUCAGUUUACAAGCAAAACACCGCUUAGAAUCCCACCCGGCCGUCAAGGAAUUGAUAAAAAAACUGUCCAAGGUAUUGUUCGAAUCUCAGGAAUACACCGACGCGGACGUAGUCAGGGACGCUUUACUAGCUUACAUGUGCCACGACGCAACACUACCUUGCACUGAAAAACCAAAGAAAACCAAAAAACUAUCGCUUAACAAACAGAAAAAGAAAUUCCGCAUAGACACCGUCCCGAAAAGAAAUCUUUUAGAUAUAGACAUUGAUACUUUAAAUAUGGAGUUGGAUUAUAUCAACCAGUUAGAUUUCAAUAACGAAAUUGGUAGAAAAGCGAGGGAUAUUAUAGGGAGAUAUGACAAGAAACCGCCUUUAGAUUUCGACGCACAAAUGGAAAGAGAAAAGCUCUUAUACUACCAACAGAGAUACAUGGACAACAUUGACUCGUAUGAUGACGUGGUGAUAGUCAAAAAGAAUUUGGACCAAGAUUUUAACUUUCCAAAUGAUGCCAGAAUGGAUACAGACUUCGAUGAAGAUUACAAGGAACCUACACCAGAGAAUACUGAAGAGUUUUGUAUAAAAAAAGAUCACAUCAUGUCCGUUUUCGCGUACUUAGAAUGGAGUUAUAAACAAGAAAUAAAGAAUAUACACAAUAGGCGACGCGGUUUACUAAUAGCUUACGGUCUCAUACAUAAUAUAGUUCAGAAUAUGAUACGCAUUAUAUCUGAAAAUAAACCAAAAUUAGUUAUUUAUUCUGGGCACGAUAAAACAUUGCAAGCGUUAAUUUUAGCGUUAGGUCUAAGUAGUUAUCAACAUUACAAUAUACAGUAUGCUUCGCGAAUGAUUUUCGAGGUUUACAGAAAAAGGGAUCUGAGAGACGAGUUUAAAUUUACUAAACGAAGGGCGAUUGCUCAAGAUUUUUACUUUCGCGUAGUUUACAACGGCGAGGAUGUAACAAAUAAACUAAGUUUUUGUAAAAAUAAACAGAAUGUUAUGAUGAAAGUUCUAGACGCUAUAGAUGAUAUGAAAGUAUACAAUACAUAUCUAUGUCCGAUAGAAAAUAUAGUUAGGUUUAUACAUGACGAUUAUUUUUCGGGUUUUAAUGUUAGCAAUUUUAAAGACGCCUGCGCUACUUACGGUAGUGGUAACCAUGUGAUCUAGAUCAUUUUGACUGAGGUUUUGAUUGUAUGAAAGUCUAGGCCGAAGAUACUUAUUGAAAAGGCUAAUUCUGGACCUCCGAACUUGGCCACCCAUCCAGCUACCGACUUGGCUCAACACUGCUUAACAAUCGCAGUUGAUUGUUAUGAUUAUCAUAACUAGGCCACAAUCUCUCUUAUCAAAAAACAUGUACGGGUUGACUUAAUUUUACACUAAUAUUUUUCAAGUAAUUAUAUUGUAAUUGUUAGAUUUUCUAUAUCUGUUGUAUGUUUUCACAAACAAUACUAUCAUAUCACUAACGUAUUUUAGAGAAUAAUUUGAUGUUUGCUACAAUUUUAUUUACAUAACGAUUUUUUAUCGAAAGAGAUUAUUUUGUGAUAAAAACCUAUUGAAUGUUGGAAUACUUUAAUUUUACUAUAUUGAAUAAGACAUAUCGUAACCUUAUACGUAUAUCAAGAAAUCGUAUCGGCUUGAAUAAAACCAUGAAAAUUGUUGAUUGUGAAAAAGGGGCCUCGAGUCCCCCUUUUCAAAUUUAAAGGUCUACAAAAAACUAAAAUGUUACGUGCCAUAUUACUUCCAGUUUGCUGCGUUCCAUUUGAGCUUUAAAAUGUUUGCUAUUUUAGUUGUAAAGCGUACUUAAGUUUUAUUAAAUGCACAAAACUUUUAGACUGAUUUACACAUUAUAUUUAUAUAGUAUCCAUAAAAACUUAAGUUCUACGAAUACUUACUGCAAAAAGUUAAAUUUAUUUUUUAAUUAUUUACAAUCAUUAGUAGUCUAUAUUAUAAUGAAUUCAUAUCAAUAACUUUAAUUACUACUCCUACAAGAUCUCAUGUCUCUUGUUUAUUUAUUUAUUUAAUUUUAGUUCAUACCAUUUUGAUUAUACAAGAUUAUAUCGAUCUCAUUGUUAAUAUCAUCAAGUUAAUAUUAAGAAAAAUUACACUAGGACUUUUUUUUGUAAUUUGUUUGGAUUAUGUAGGCACAAUAUUAUUUUUUCAGCAAUAGAUGAUAUAUUUAAAUGAAACAAACUGUUAAUUUUGAGGUUAGAUUUUCAUAUGAGGACUUUACCCCUAAAGGCCCUCAUCUGAAAAUCGUUGCACAAAU